GUCAGAAAGAGAGAGAGAGAGAGAGGAUGCAGACACAGAGCAGGCAGCCAGGGCUUUAAACAGUACCUGCUCUACGUCGGAUAAUCCGCCUGCUCUUCCCCAAGGGAACUUCUUCUGACUCAAGAGAAAGGAAAUUGUUGUAUUUUUUAAUAUAGCUGUGGUCCAGUGCUGAGAGAGAGUGACUAGUGACUACCUGUGUGCAAACUGAGUUUGUGUUUGAGCCCUGCCCUGUGUUGUGGGAUUUAACCACAAAAUGAGUUGGCUGACUGUCGGCGUGGGAAGUCAAGAGGAUCGGCCGAAGAAUGGCCAGUCGCUUACAACCCGAUGGUUCAACUAGGGCCUUCAAGGAGUCCUGUUACUAUCUCGGCGGAGAACCCUGGGGUGUGUGCACCGAAGCUGAUUUCACGAGGCUGGCUGUCCUGGGAGGCUCAUAGUGGGGUCAAAGAUCAUUAUUCCUCACCUGGUGUUGUCUACCACUAGAAGGAGUUUCCUCCAACUUCGCUUUCACAACUGCACACAGGUCCCCCCCUUUCAGGCAACGCAGAACUCCAGAACGACACGCAGGGAAAAUAAACACGGAGAGACGCUCUUCAUGAAUUCCCCCAAAUCCUGAAAGGCAUACCGUGCGAGUUGGCUGGCAGCAUUGAGGAGCCAUGUGGACAAUAAGUAUGGCCUUGCUCUGUGUACCGGCCCUGACGCUCCUACUGACUGUCUUUGUUCACCCAGCUGCGCCCCAACACGAUGUCACUCCUCGCCUCAGCUUCUCCUACAAUGCAAAGGAGAGGUCAGCCAAAAGAUUCUCUGCAGAUGGCGUCUUCAAUUACACCUCUAUCCUCCUCAGCAAGGAAGAUAACAUGCUCUAUGUGGGAGCUAGAGAGGUUCUCUUUGCUCUCAACCUCACUGAUAUCGGCAGGGCCGAGCUCCAAAGGAAUCUGACAUGGAGCACGCCACAGAGCAAGAGACAUGAGUGCGGUUUCAAAGGCAAAAACCUACAAAUUGACUGCUUCAACUACGUCAAGAUCUUACUGCGGCUGAACAGCACUCACCUAUAUGUGUGCGGAACCUAUGCCUUCAGUCCCAUCUGUGUGCACAUAAACACGGCAGACUUCUCCCUGGUACGGAGCCAGACGGGGGAGAUUGUGACAGAGGACGGACGAAGUCGAUGCCCUUUCAACCCAGAGUACAAGUCCACCGCCAUCAUGGCUGAGGGUGAGCUGUACACUGGUACGGUCAGUAAUUUCCAGGGGAAUGAACCUAUCAUUUACAAGAGCCUUGGCCAUGGAACCUCCCUGAAAACAGAAAACUCCUUGAACUGGCUUCAAGACCCAGCCUUUGUGGGCUCUGCUUAUAUACAGGAGAGCCUGCCCAAGGGCAACCCAGUGGGCAACGACGAUAAAAUUUACUUCUUCUUCAGUGAAGCGGGAAAGGAGUUUGAUUUUUUUGACAACACCAUUGUAUCGCGCAUCGCUCGCGUGUGUAAGGGCGACAAAGGAGGAGAAAGGGUUUUGCAGAAGAAGUGGACCACCUUCCUGAAAGCCCAGCUGCUGUGCUCUCUACCUGACGAUGGCUUCCCCUUCAACAUCAUCCAGGACAUGUUUGUGUUGACGCCCAACCCAGAGGACUGGAAGAACACCAUGUUUUAUGGAGUCUUCACUUCACAGUGGUAUAAGGGAGCCUCGGGGAGCUCGGCAGUUUGUGCCUUCACCAUGGACCAGGUGGAGAGGGCUUUCAAUGGGCGCUACCGCGAGGUCAACAGAGAGACACAGCAGUGGUACACAUACAACCACCCCAUCCCUGAGCCACGGCCUGGAGUGUGCAUCACGAACGCAGCUAGAGAACAGGGCAUCCCCUCAUCCCUGCACAUGCCUGACAAGGUGCUGAACUUCGUCAAGGACCACUUCCUGAUGGACAGCGUGAUCCGCAGCCAGCCUCUCCUGCUGAAAAGAAGUGUGCGCUACACCCAGAUUGCAGUCCACCGCGUCCAGACCAGACACAAGGCCUACAACGUCCUCUUCAUAGGCACAGAUGAUGGGAGACUUCACAAAGCCAUCAACGUGAACAACAAGAUGCACAUCAUUGAGGAGAUGGUGCUGUUUUCGGAGCCCCAGCCUGUGCAACACAUGGAGCUGGAUUCGGAGAAGGGGACUCUCUACGUCUCCUCCUAUUCAGGGCUGGUGGAGGUCCCAGUGGCCAACUGUACCAACUACCAGAGCUGUGGAGAGUGUGUCCUGUCCAGGGACCCGUACUGUGCCUGGAUGGGGAGACAGUGUCUCGACAUCAGGCAGGCUCCACCAGAGAGCUACUGGCAGCAGGAUGUGGAUGAGGCAGACACAUCAGUUAUCUGUAACAAGUCGGUCCUUAACCCGCGCUCUGCUAAACUUCCUCCCACACGUAUGUCUUCAUGUCAGGUGAUAUUAAUACCAGCCAACACCUUCAAAGUACUGCCCUGUAAACUGCGCUCCAACCUGGCUGAGAGGAAGUGGGAGUACAGCAAGGGUGCAGGUCACUUCCUAUACCCCAGCCCUGAGGGCGGCCUGGUGGUGGUGGCCCAUGCUGACCGCCAGGAGAUCUAUGAGUGCUGGUCGGUAGAGGAGGGCUUUAGACAGCUGCUGGCCAAUUACUGUGUCAGGGGCGAGGCCAGGCAGGAGAGCACCACCCUGAUUGGCAGAUCACGUACCCCUGUGGUACCCCAAGAGGAGCCCAUCAUCUUGCCUGGGGAAGCUCGCUCGCCCCAGAUGAACACCAAGACCUACUGGAACGAGCUCAUCGUGGUGUGUGCCCUCCUGGCUUUCUCCCUGGUGGUCUUCUCCCUGUUCGUGGUCUACAGGAACCGGGACCGCAUGAAAUCGAUGCUCAAGGAGGGCGAGUGCCCGAAUAUGCAGCAGAAGAAGCCCAGGAUAGUGGGCAAGCCGGCAGAGAACUUACCCCUGAAUGGGACCACAGUGCCGGCCUCCGUCUCAGACCACAAGGGCUACCAGACCCUUAACGACAACUACAUCUGCAGCACUCCCCCACACGAGUGCUCCUCUCCGGACAACAGCAAGAGCUUCUCCGAGUCGGAGAAGAGGCCGCUUAACUUGAAGGACAGCCAUGUUGAAAUCUCGCCCACAUGCCCAAGGCCCCGAGUUCGACUGGGCUCUGAGAUUAAAGACUCCAUUGUGUGAGGACGGCUUUGAUGAACUACAUGUGGGAGAUUCAACACUUGCAUCAUGUGGAGGGACUAGCUGUGAACUAAAAGGAGAGUGCACUCACUGAAAAGGAAAUCACUGAGGGGAAACACUGAGGAAACACUGAAAAGUACAUUUCAUUACACUGACUUUACACUCUGCCUCAUUUCCUUUUGUCCCUGUGGCCAGUGCUUACUUCCUUUUAGUCACUCCUUUCUCUUGUGCACGAAGCACGACAGAGGAAGCUGAUCAGGAUUGCUUUCAGACUUUGGAAGUUGUCCUGUGAUGCUCACCGUGGGCUUUUGACCCGCACAGAGCUGGCAGUGGCCCAAUGUACUAGCUCUCAAACGUUUCUGGGAUUCUAUUUCUAAGCAUUGUCACUCAGUCCGUCCAAGUGAUCUACUGGUAUAGCUUGGAAAAGCAGUGAUGUUCUGUAGAUUUUUCGCUAACCAGAUGUUUUCUCACCUGAAGCAGCAGAUCAAGCUGUCCUCUACCUAAAACCAUGAGAGGAAUAAAGGGGGGUGCGAAAAAAGAAAAAAUACUCCAGCAAAGGCGUACUAGUAUAGCAGUAUAUACUUACAUAGACACAGCUGGUCAACCGUGGUAGUAUAUACCUUGGGUAGAUUAAAGGAAUCAUUGGAGAAUAAGAAGGGCUGGCUGUUUUAGAAACUCAGAGAAAAGAGGAACCGGUGUCCAUCUGGACUCACUAGAGCAACAAGAGCACAAAGCUCACAGGACUCCUGAUGUAGAAGACCCUUUGCUCUUGUUGGAGCUUAUGGGAUUAGGAGAGGUACAUAAAAGCUUAAUCACUUCCACCUGUUAUAAUGGUGGAUUGAUGAAAAACAUGCAUUAUCUACUUGGAAAUGCAGAUGAAUGCAGGUGUUUAAGGAUUGUAUUUCUUGAAUUAACAAGUUGUGUAAGUUGAACACUCAAAGGCUUUAAAAGUACCCUUGUAUUAAAGGGUUGCCCUCAUUCCAGGUAUUAUACUGUUCAGCUUGCAGCAGGCUAACUAUGCAAAGAACAUAAUGUGAAGUUGGGUGAAGAUUUAUGACAUAAGAACUUUGCAAGCACACAGGUGUCAAGCACAGGUUUUGUUACUAAUUAGUUGCAGUUAAAGUACAGUUAGGUAUGAAAGAAAUUUUAAGGCAUUAUCUGUUUUAAUAGAGUUCCAGUCAGUUAAUGCAGUACAAUACAGGUCUGGAUCCUAGAGCAUGUCAGUCAGGCACAUCUAUGAAGGUGGACACUGCAAACACACCCGACAAAGGUGUAGAUAAAACUGCCUUGGCCCUAUUAGAUGUAUUGAAACAGAGAAAAUCUGGGUUUGUGUGGGGUAACAAAACCACCAGUGUGAGUAAGAGGUUUUCGUUGUUGAUUGUGAGAAAAAAAUAGAUAUAAUUACAAUGUUUUCAUGCCAAAAGGAGCUGUUUUGUUUAGUCAUGUGUCUUAUAGUAGCCGACCACCAGGCACUACUAGUUUGCUAAUCUCAAUGUGUUAUGAAAUAUGAAAGCUGCCAUACCCAUGAAUUUUUUUUUCAUUACAAUAAUGACUGUAAUUUGUUUUGGUCAAUAUGGUUCCGAAGAUAUUAAUGAUAUGAAAUGUUAAAUCUGAUGAAAGCAUUUUAGCAGAUCAUAAUUAGGAAGGUAUAGACAUCUCUACAUCUCUACAGAAUUGCAGUGCACCAAACUAUAGUACAUUAUGACAAUAAAUACUCUCCAGUAGUAGCGUAAUGUAAACGUAAAAGUAUUCUGAAACUUCAAGCAACACUGUCUCAUUUUAAGUUAAAACAUUUGUUUAUAUAUAUUAUAGGGAAUCAUAGUUUAACUUUUGACAAAAAAGCAUUUUGAUGAAGGACCGAGGGCUGAGUGUACUGAACUAUACUGUAUAAAUGUACAUUUUGUAAUGUAUCUAAGGGGAAUAGGUCUGUGUAAGAUUGUGGUUGAUGUGCAAACCUGAAAACACCUUAUCUCUGAAUGCAUUGUUUUGCACAGAAUGUGGGAAAGCCUUAGUUUGGUGCACAUGGUUGUUAACAAUUCUAGAGCAGGUUUGGUAAAGCCAUAUCACCUUGGAAACCAGGUAGUGGUUGAGUCACCUGUGGUAGGUAUGGCAGGAAAGACUGUAUACAAUACAAAAACAUUGAGUGAAUGCCUUUAGAUUGUGGCCAGUUAAAAAAAAUAAUAGAUAUCUUAAAACAGCUUUGAUCUCAGUCAAACAUAAUUUUCUUCUUUUGACAGUUAAUCAUACAACUGUCGGAACCACUAUAGAUGAUGAGGGAACAAUGAAGGUCUAUAAAGGUGUUUCUAUAUUCUAAUGUAAUCUCAAAGACUUUACUUACAUACUCGCUCAAACAUAAAGAAAAUAAA